AUGGAUGCCCAGAUGGGGGACGUCGGUCUGGGUUGGCGCACUUUGCUCAAGCUCAGCCGCAGCUGCAGCUCAAUGGAAGAUCGCGUGCAGGUCGGCAACGAAAGUGAGAUCGAGGCCCUGUACGCUGUGGCAGAGGGAUGGGGAAAGCACUGUGAUUGGUUGGCAGCUCUUCUGCCCUCCCCAGCGUAUGCCGUGGUGAAGCAGCGACAUGGCGAGGAGCACGGCAACUUCCAGGCUCUCCGUGUCGAGGGAGCCAACUCCAUGGAUGUUUGGGACGUUUUGCAGCUCACAAUGCCCACGGUGGACGACUUCAGCCAAGGCACUGCCAAUCUGCUUUGCUCCUUCCGCAGGCCGUGGAUGUUCUUCAUGCCGGAGAACCUGAAAGCCCUGUUGGAUGAGAAGGAGUUGUCCCCCUCCGGGGAGGUCAACGUCUUCUGCGCCGGGCGCAUGGCAUGCCAGACGCGGCGAGCGCUGGCAGCGCCCAGGCUACACCAACCUCUUUGGCCGCCGCUGUGCGGUGGGCGUGUGGAGGACAUCUGCCAUGCCAACUUGACGCAGCCGGUUGCCAUCCACGCCCCCAACCUCCGAGCGCUUCAUGGCUUGCAAGCCGCUUUCUACCACGGCUGGGCUUUUCGCUGUCCACAGCCUUUGCGAGUUGCUGGCCGGCUGCCUGUCGGCCGCGGCAAUCCCCCGCGGGUGGCGAUUCUUAUCGGGUCGCUUCUGAGAGGUCUCCACAUGUCGAGGAAGCUGCUUUCCAACUUGUUUCUUGACUGGCGGCUGCACUACUGGGUCUUCAUCUACACCUCACCGCUGGUCGUCACAGGGAAGAACGACGUGUGUGGGAGGCUCUUGAACGAGAUCGUGUCGCAGAGCCCGAGAAUCAAAGUCCAGAUCCGUUUCGCCACCCGCGCGGAGAACCUUCAAGAGCAGGAGUUCGAGAGGGCCGUCAGCUCCAGGCACAUGCGGCAGUGGUACAAGCUGCAGCAGUCGUACCAGAUGAUGCAAGCUCACGAGCAGAAGCAUGGGCGAGAGUUCGACUUGGUCCUGAAGAUGAGGACAGACAUGACGCUGAUGGAGCCCAUAGAUCUGUCGUCGUUUCCAGACGUGCUCACCUCCCGGGUCAUCUACAGCUUCACGGACCUCCUCUUCCUGUCACGCCGGGACGUUGCCCACAGCCUGCUCGGCGAUGUGACAAAGAAGAUGGCAUCCUUCGCUGGGGACCAGCGACGGCUGUAUCCCCUGGACUUUGCCCGCGUGCUUCGGCGGGGCCUUGGCGAUGGGCUCCGUCUCCAGAUGUUUCCAGAUGUGGGCUCGACAGAGCUCCGCGAGGCUAUCCAGGAGAACAAGUUCCUCCGUGCACAGGGGUGGCUCAGGAGGUUCAAGCACGAACUCAUGGCAGCGCAAGAGGCGGCUGUGCAAGGAGAGGAUGUCCCAACCUUCACGGGCCACUGGAGGUUCCGGCCGGACACCUGGCAGUACCAGGCCUGGAAGCGCGAUGGCAGGCUGGCUCCUGACAAGCAGAUGUGCUCCGUCACGCGGUGGUUCUACCUGAUUCACAGGACAGAUCCUGAGAUCACCAUACAGGAGUGGCCGCAUGUCAAGGGUCGCAAGAUCUUGCGCCUCUUCCCUGAGCGCUUCGCCUCGAACUGCAACUGCGAGCCACCCCACUGCUGGCCAAUGGCCUGGGGACCCGCGCCUGAAGGGCUCUUGGAGGGGGUGGACUGGAUACAGACGCCGAGCACUGGGGUCUGGUUGUCGCUGCGAGCUAAGCAAGUGGGCGGAGAGCCGGGCAACCACACGAACGCAUCGAAGCCAAGCAUGGAGUGA